AUGGCGACCACCGACCCCCAACCAAACCCCAUCGUCUUCUUCGACAUGACUCUAGGCGGCGAACCCCUCGGCCGCAUCAAAUUCGAACUCUUCGCCGACGUCGUCCCCCGAACCGCAGAAAACUUCCGCCAAUUCUGCACCGGCGAAACGAAAACCCCCCAAGGCCGCCCGCAAGGCUACAAAUCCUCCAAAUUCCACCGCGUCAUCAAAGACUUCAUGCUGCAAGGCGGGGACUUCCUCAACGGCGACGGCACCGGCAGCACCUCCAUCUACGGCACCAAGACCUUCGCGGACGAGAACUUCAAAUUAGGACAUGAUGCUGCGGGGUUGUUGAGUAUGGCUAAUUCCGGCCCGAAUACGAAUGGUUCGCAGUUCUUCAUCACGUUGCGGGAUACGCCGCAUUUGAAUGGGAAGCAUACCGUCUUUGGGAAGGUCGUCGAGGGGAUGGAGGUCGUGAGGAAGAUUGAGAAUGUGCGCACUUCGAGGGAGGAUCGGCCGCAGCAGGAUGUGGUUGUGGCACAGUGUGGGGAGAUGUAG